CAUGCCGGUAGUGUCAAGUGGGCGUAUCUGCUUUAGCAAAAAAGAUGGCUACUUUCUAAAAUCGCUAAUAAAGUAACCAAAGUUUUAGCUAGUACAGAGAGAUUUAGGACUCAGUUAUAUAUCACCCCGAACGACUAAGCGUACUGCUUCAAGAUGGCGUUUUCUCAAGUGUCCAUUAAAGAAAGUCUACGAGUAAAGAAACAUUUAUACAUGAGCAAUGAUGUUGACGAGUACAACGGAAGCUCGCUGCCCCUAAAUGAUCUUGUACUGUCCACCGUACUGAAUGUGAUACCCAGUAAGACCAACAGUAAGAGACUGAAGACUGGAUAUAUUGUGGAUCUUAGUAGGGAGGGAGGGUUUUCCCCUUGCUCUGUGAUUCUGGCUCUGCUCUAUAUCAAGCGACUGUCACUCUCCAACCCUUCCUUCUUCAAUACUCUCUCAUCAAGGGAACUGUUUCUCGUUGCCAUGCUGGUGGCAUCAAAGUUCCUCAACGAUGAAGGGGAAAUGGAAGCUCUCACUAACACGGAUUUUUCCACCAUCGGCUCCACCCCACGCAAUCGACUAGAUCACUUGGAAAUCAGAUUCUUACAAGCAAUUGAUUGGAGGCUGUUCGUAUCUAUGGAUGAGUAUUACCAGUUUGUCAGAAGUGUGGAAGGGAGAGUUGCACUUAACGAGGCGUGUCAGAGGGGGUGGUUCUCGUACACUGACCUUUGCGCUGUGUGGGGGGCGUCAGAUAACAUGGCCACCACCUCCAAGACCACUGCUAAGGUUGCCUGUGGAAGUGCUCUGCUCUAUCUGAUGUGUGUUGCUACCCUCUUUGCCUCCACCCCCACACCACCUGGCAACGACCUUUGUCCCCUGAUGUCUCUCGGAAACGACCUCUCCAACGAACUCUCUACGAACGUGGCCAUUUUUGACCCCCAAGCGACCCCACCUGUUUCGUUUAACAACCACUCAAAGCUACCACCUGAUCUGUCAAAUUUGAAGCCAUUACUGAAAACUUUUUCGAGUUCCGAUCCAAAGAAAAAUCUUCCUGAAAAUUCCUCACUAAAAUCUAUAACUAAGAACGAUUUUGGACACCCCAUUUUUGAUGAAUAUCCAAAAAUUCAAACUGAAGAAAUUUCUCGCAAAUCAGAGAUCUUGAAUAUCACAUCAAACGAACCAAGCAACGUGCCUAGCAACGUGCUUAGCAACGGAUAUUUGGACCCUGGACUGUUUUUGUUAUUCAAUCUAACAGCUGUUCUUACAUUGCCUGAACUUUUGACCCCUGACAACCACUCAAACGCUAUUUCGUCUCUGGAACAAUUUAACCCUCUAGUCUCUUUAUUAAUUCAUCCUGACGAGCAGCAGGCUCGGAAUAAUCAGUUUAACCCUCGUAUCGAUGCAGCUACCAAAGACGUCAUUUCGAAUGCUACAAGAGUUAACGCUAAAAUUAAUAGACAAGAUAAUUGGAAUUUGACCUCCGACCACAGAUAUUUUAACCCCACUAUCCCUCAAUAUCCUCGUGUAGAGCAACCUGAUCGUGAAAUAGAAUCUAACUACAUUGGACCUAAGGAGCACUUUCGUCAUAACGACCCAAAUAUCGAUAUUUCUGGGCAACCAUCGCAGAAUUGGAAAGAAUAUCAAUCCCCUGUGGUUGUCAUAGAAACCAUUCCCAUGGUUACAGCAUCGGAACUGUGGGACUACAACAUUCCGUUGAGAGUGGAAAAGAACAAUUUCACACUGAAACAUGUUUUAGGCAUGCUAGCACACAGCGUGUUGGCAUGGUAACCGUCUGUAGAGACUGGACUUUGUAGGCUGUAGAGUUAGUUAGCACUGAUGAUAAUUAUUUUCGCCAAUUUUGCUCAGAAACAGAGAUACCUUAUAUAGCAUUAUAGCUGCUAUUGUUGGCACCUUUUUAAAUUUGGUGGCAUGACUUGAGGUUUAUUGAAUACUUGAGACUAUAAAUAAUUGCAGUACAUGUACUAGUAUUCUUUUUCCUGGCAAA